GCAAGGCAGACAAGCUGGGAAGGAUCGAUGCAGAUCACCAACAGCCUACCCAACACCACACCAGCAGAAUACUAAGGCGUUGCAUUGCUUCCUUCCUCAGGCAGCGGCGGCUGCUGCUGCAACCAGCACAGCAAAAGAUCAGCUAGCCGGCGAUGGAUAUGAUGAUGAUGAGCAAGAAGCGGCUGCCGAUCCUCGUCAGCUGCGUCACGAUCGUCUUGGUGGCGUUCGCCCCGGCGGCUGCCAAGGCGACGGCCCCCGCCAGCACGGUGGUCGCCGGCAUGGUGUUCUGCGACCAGUGCAAGGACGGCGCCCGGGGCCUCUUCGACUACCCGCUCUACGGCGCUCGCGUCGCCAUCCAGUGCGGCGGCGGCGACACCCCGCUCACCGUGCGCGAGAGCAACACCAACUGGUUCGGCGGCUUCUCCAUCCGCAUGGAGGGCUCCCCGGACAUGAACCGCUGCACCGCCCGCGUCGUCCAGGGCACGGGCCACUGCGGCGCCGCCACCGCCAGCGUGCCGAGGGAGCUCACCCUCGCCUUCAGGAUGCUCGGCCUCGCGCUCUACACCGUGCCGCCGCUGCUCUCGCAGCCAGAGGAGGCCAUGGACUUUUGCCCCGGACGAGACAGGCGCACUAGGCCUCCUCCUCCUCCUCCUCCUCCUGCAGCCGCGCGUUGGCCGGCGGCGGCUGCCCCGGCGCCCGCUCCUCCGCUCCCGCCCUUCUGGCGCAGGAGGCGCCUGCCGCCCAUCUGGCGCAAGCCGCCAACGUCGUUGCCGCAGCAGCAGGACCAGCCGCAGGUGCCGCCGCCGCCGCAGGUGCUCCCUCCUCCGGCGCCAGCGCUGCAGGGAUCGGCCUGCACCUACGAGCAGUGGGCGUGGCCGGAGCAUCGUUGCCACUGGAAGGUGGUGACCCCCAACACGACGGUGGCCAUGGCGUUCGGGCCCCUGGCGGCGCAGCGCUACGGCUCGGAGCUGACGCUGCGGGACGCGCUGGAGGGGCGCGGCGACAUGUACCGCACGCUGCUCCGGGAGGCCACGGCGGCGCUGCUCAACGCCUACUACAACGCCCCCGGCGGGCCCUUCCUGUACCCGACCACGGCCAGCGUCAUCGACCACAUGAACGGCGCGCUGCUCAGCUCCACGCAGAGGGUCCUCAUCGAGGGGGCGCGCUUCCGCAGGGCCAACGCCGGCGGCGGAGGCCCAGCCGGACGGACAAGGCUGCCAUGCGACUUCACGCCCUGCCGCAGUGCGGCGGCACCGCCUAUCUAAGCUCUGCUCUGCUCGUUGAUCUACUUAUUACCACUAGCUAGCAGUACCAACUGCAAUUGCAAUUGCAAUGCUUGGAGGGAACUACACGGUCAUC